AUGGCAAACAUCGACCGUUAUCGGCCUCCCCGGGAAGGCUACCAGCCUCCCGUGUCUGCCGCGGCCAUAGCCCGGUCCGCCGUGUCGCGAUCACCAGUCAAGCAGCGCGAGGUCCCCCCCGCGGCCCCGUCACCUCCUGCCCACUCGUCCCGGACAUCGCCUCCUCGGCCGCAUGUGCGACGAGAUGCGCCGGCAUCACAAUCGUCGUCAAAGUCGGAUGCACACAUGACCGCCACGACGCCGAGGGGCCAGUGGUACUUCAGCCACGACGAGGUGCUGAGUUCCCCGACGAUUCUCGAUGGGAUCUCGCCUGCAGAAGAGCGUUUACGCCGCGCCAAGGGCGUCAACUUUAUCUACCAGGCUGGAGUCAUGUUGGACUUGCCUCAGAUCACACUGUGGGUGGCGGGCGUCUUCUUCCACCGGUUCUACAUGCGCUACAGCAUGGUGGAAGAGAAGGGCGGUAUUCAUCAUUACAACAUUGCGGCCACAGCGCUAUUCCUUGCAAACAAGACGGAAGAAAAUUGUCGGAAAACGAAAGAAAUCAUCAUUACCGUCGCCAAGGUAGCGCAAAAGAACUCACAACUCAUCAUCGACGAGCAGAGCAAGGAGUACUGGCGAUGGAGAGACAAUAUUCUUGCAUAUGAGGAGCUCAUGCUCGAGCUCCUGACCUUCGACCUCAUGGUCGAGAACCCCUACCAUCGGCUGUUCGAGCUCCUCGGCCAGCUCGAGCUGGUCCACAACAAGCACCUGCGCCAGUCGGCCUGGGCCUUCUGCAACGACGUCUGCCUGACGACGAUGCCCCUGCUGCUCGAGCCGCAGGAUAUAGCCGUGGCGGCCAUCUUCUUCGCCAGCAUCCACACUGACAUCAAGAUCCCAGACGUCAACGGCGAAGCGUGGUGGAUCGCGCUCAAAGGCAACGAGUCGCGCUGCGCCCGCGCCAUUGAUAUCGCGCAACAAUUUUACACCGAGAACCCCCUGAAGAAACAGAACCCUUCGCUACCGUCGCCAGCUUUCGACAUUGAGAGCACUCGCCGGCCCAGGGACCCGCUGCCAGGUGACAACAUGUCUUCGACGGCCGGGACCCCGCGGGACGCGACGCUGAGCCCGAGGAUGCGCGCGGCUAAUGGCCGGGACGAUGCGACAGCGACAGAGUCGGGGUCGCAGGGCACGCACACACUUGGCGCCAGUAAGUCGAUCGGCAAUGGCGUCGCGUCGCCCGCUAAGAGGAAGGAGCUCGAUUCGGACGAGGGCGGGCCGGAGCAGAAGCGCGCCAGGCUAUCGGAUGAAGAUGAAGGAGAGGUGUCGGAGGACUGA